AUGACGGGAGGAAGAGCCCGCAGCGUCCUAACCGCGGCAUGCUCUCUCCCCAGUUGCUCGCCUGCUGCAGGCUUGGAGAACUUCUGGUGCCGGAUGAUGCGUUUCCUGUGCCUCUUGGGGCUCCUCCUGGCCGCCCGGGCAAGCCCCCAGGCCCGCUCUGAGCUGCGCUUCAUUGCCGUGGGCGACUGGGGCGGGAAGCCCCUCUCCCCCUUCUACACGGACCGCGAGGUGGCUGUCGCGGAGGAGAUGGCGGCCACGGUGUCGGCCACGGGGGCGGACUUCAUCUUGUCCCUUGGAGACAACUUCUACUACAGUGGGGUGAACGACCUGUACGACAAGCGGUUCCAGGAGACCUUCGAGACGGUCUUCCGGGCCCCCUCGUUGCGCGACGUGCCCUGGUACGUCAUCGCUGGAAACCACGACCACCUGGGGAACGUCUCGGCCCAGAUCGCCUACAGCAGGAUCUCCAAGCGUUGGCGUUUCCCCAAACCCUACUACCGGCUGAGAUUCAAGGUCCCCGGCAGCAACGCCACCAUCGCCAUCCUCAUGAUCGACACGGUGACCAUCUGCGGCAAUUCGGACGACUUCCACGACGAGCAGCCCCUGGGCCCCAAGGACCUGGGCGUGGCCCGGAGCCAGCUCUCCUGGCUGCGCAAACAGAUGGCCAAGGCCAAGGAGGACUACCUGCUGGUCGCCGGGCACUACCCGGUCUGGUCUGUGGGGAGACACGGCCCCACCGCCUGCCUGGUCAAGCUACUUCAGCCCCUGCUGCAGCAGCACAAGGCCACCGCCUACUUGUGCGGCCACGACCACAACCUGCAGUACUUGGAGGACAAAGCUGGCGUGGGCCACGUGCUGAGCGGGGCAGGCAACUUCAUGGAUGACUCCACAAAAAACCUGCAUUCCGUCCCAGCUGGCUACCUGCGUUUCUUCUAUGGCCAGCCGACUUCUCUGGGGGGGUUUGCCUACAUUAAGGUCGAUGGGAAAGAGAUGAGCAUCACCUACCUUGACAGCAAGCGCCGGUCGCUCUACAAGACCUCGUUGCCCCGGAGGAGACUUCGCUGAGGCCAGGGCAAGCCUCUGCCACCCACAGACUUGAGGGCAAGGGGGGUUGCUCUUUCCACCUGGCUUGGGAACUAGCCUGAGAAAAAAUCGAACUGCUUGUCUUUGGAGGGAGGGUGUUCUCCCUCACACUUUUAAGAUGUCACGGUACACAAACCAGCUGUAGGUGCGUGCUUCUGUUUGCCUCCCAGUAGAACAGCAUAUCUUCUCCGUCACCUCAAACUCCCUCUGAAGCCCUGUAAUCUCCUGCCCUGAUCCUGGGAACACACCAGAUCAAGAGGUCCUCGGUUCUUUCUCCUCUUGCCUCUUGGCAGGCCAGGGAGGCAAGCCAAACAAAGGCUACGGUAAAAGGUUUUCAGCAUUUUAGGAUAAGCUCACCCCUGGAAGCAAGGAGGAUCGAGCAGUACGAGGCAGGAAGAAGAGACCCGUGCAGCCCGAAGUUUUCACUUUUGUCCUGGGGGAAGUGACCCCUUCAGGGCACGGCAGCGUGGGAAAGGGCGACAGGUGUGGCUUGCACACGUUUCUGCCUCCUCUGUCGUGCACCAUCACCCGGCUGCUUUAGACAGGAGAUGCUCAUCAGGAAAAGGACAGACGCAAGGCACUACUGGAUAGCCAUCAUUCCUUGCUCUGAGAAAUGCAUAGAUGGGCGGGGAGGGGGACGUGCCUUGCCCUGUU